AUGGAUUUCGUGUCCCUAAGGAUUCUUGGUCCGCCCGUGGUCAAAAAUCGAAGAACAGCUCGAGCUGUUCUUGCUGCCCGGCACUGCCGGCCCUGUUUCGGCGGCACUGCCGUGCCCGCCGGCACUGCCGGUGCCUCUUCAGCGGCACUGCCGCUCGCCUUCAUCUUCCGCCUCACAGCCCUGCCCCGGCUCGAUCCCCACCGCGCGCGCGCCAAGCUGCCAACCGCCCGGCCACCUCGCUGCUCCUCGCUCGCCCAGUGCUGCAUCGACCCCGCCUACUCCCGCCGCGCGCCUCCCUCACCCCGCUCCCGUCGCGACCACGCUUGGCCGCCGCUGCUCGCCGGCCGCCCGCCUCCAAGCGCGCCCCGCACACCAUUCCGCUGCCGCCGGGCCCACCCCAAGCUCACCCGCGAACCACCACCAAGUCGCCGCCGCAGCGCAACAACCAGCGCCCACCGCCGGCACGCUCGCGUUGCUCCGCUCCAGCCCCGCCCGCGUGCGGCGCCCCGCAACCACCACCAGCACCCGCCCGCGCCGGCCGACCCACCACCAUCUCCUGGCCAAAGCGCGCACAGCGCCGCCGCUCACCCGGCUCCACCGAUCCAGCGCCGCCGUCACGCCAGCGCAGCCGAGCCGCCCUCGAUUCCCGCCCGCAGCGCCCACCUUCGGCCCGGCCACCAUCGCCAAGCAGCGCCCGCCCCAACGUCGCGCCUCUGCUUACCCACUGCUACACGCGUCGGCCAAACUCCAGAAAUCCACAAGAAAUCUCCAGCUUCGCUUUCGCAUCCGCGCAAAAUACGAAUUGACCGGCAGUGCCGGCCUCACCACACCGGAAGUGCCGGCCAUACCACCCCGGCAGUGCCGCCCAACACACACCGGCAGUGCCGGCCAUAG